AUGUGGCAUUUGUGUCGUUUAACGUCUCGGUCUCUGAUCGGUGUAUGUCCUAUACUGAUUAGACAGCGAUCACUUAUUCCAAUACAGUCUUCAACUCCUCAACGAUUGUCUUCUUUUUCACCUUUUGUUAAAAUUAAAAAAAGUUUACCUCAGUCUCUUCCACAACCUCCAGUCAAUCCACGUCAUCCACCUGAUUAUAUUCCAAAUCGACCACUCAUUGAUUCAAGCAUACCGAAACCUAUUCCAUCUCAGUCUAAUAUAUUUGCACGUUUUCGUUAUGCAUAUGCAAAAUAUGGAAAAAUUCUAUUAGCUGUUCAUUUUGUUUCAUCAUUCGGCUGGUUUUCAGGUCUCCUUGUACUUCAUUUCAAUGGGUUUGAUCUUGGAAUGUAUCUCAUGAAUGGUCUUACACAUAUAAAUGUCAUUACUGAGGAACGACGUUCAUCAUUUAUACGUCGUAUGAAUGAAUUUAGUAUUUCUGGAAUAUUAUCAAGAAUCCCAUUUAUUUCUGAAAAUGUUCAGAAGAAAUUAAAAGAUUAUUGGACUGGAGAACGUGUUCGAUUGUUAGCAACAGUAUUAUUGCUUUAUAAAUUUUUAACACCAGUUCGUUAUGCAUUCUCAUUAGGCGUAACAACAUAUAUUUCACGCACAUUUCUGAAACGUGGUUUUAUUCAACGAGCACCACAAGGUGAUUCCUUACAUGAACUUUAUCGGGAUCAAAAACAAUUAAUUAAAAUUCAUGCAAGACGAGCAAGAGACAAAAUUAAAAAAUCCUCACGACGCGGUACAACUAAAUUUGAAUGA